AUGGCGAGGCACAUGGCAUCUCCCGAGGACAGCGUUCCCAGGACAGCGGGACCGUGGGACGGGGCUGGUGGGAGCUGCCGCAGCAUCUGCCGUGCUGCGAGCGGAGGUGCCAGCAGACAGCCCGGCUCGGUGGCAGCGUCCCGGCGAGAUCCAGCCUCGGGGGACGAGCCCAGCCCUGUGCAGACAGUGCCCUACCAGCCCUCCAGCCCCCGGCAAGUGGCCAACGCCCUGGCGCUGCUGCGGGGCCGCGCCGGGAAGACCGUGGAUCUGGGAUCCGGAGAUGGACGGCUCGUGCUCGAGGCUUACAAGCAGGGGCUGAGGCCAGCCCUGGGCUAUGAGCUCAACCCCUGGCUGCUGUCCCUGGCCAACUACCGUGCCUGGAAGGCCGGGUACCAUGGGAAGGUGUCCUUCCUGAAGGAGGAUCUGUGGAAGGUGAAUCUUUCUGACUGCCACAACGUGAUUGUGUUCCUGGCCCCCAGCGUGAAACCUCCCUUGGCCACCAAGCUGCUGGCAGAACUGCCCGACGACGCCCGGGUGGUGGCUGGACGCUUCCCCUUCCCUUCCUGGAGCCCCAGCUGCACCCUGGGGCAGGGGCUGGAGCAGGUCUGGGCCUAUGACAUGAAGGAGGUGCGGCGAGAAGCGCAGGGCAGCGUCCAGGAAAGCCAGGUCUGACCCCAGCCUCAUUAAGCCCGGUUUAACACCAGCCUGGUUAAGCCUGGCAUUAAGGGUCAGAGCCACUCCAGCCCUUGGCUCAGCCCAGGACAGAAGUGCUUGGCCAGCAUUUGUCCUGGGGACUUGCAGGGUGGCAGUCCUCCAUUUAUCCAGAGUGUGAGCAGUGCAAGGGAGGAGAAAAUCAGACCUAGAAAUCAUGGGGUUAACACAGGAUUUAAGAGAUAAAGCUCCAGUGCCUCUUUUUGGAUGAUUGCUAUUUUAUUUCUGUUUAAUUUAUAAAAAUAAAGCUCUGCUUGAUUGUUCCUCUGAG